AUCAAAUCCGUCCCUUUUCUUUCUUCCCCUCCUCCCUGCUCCAACGACCACAUUUGACUAUGGUCGCCCUCUCCGCCUUCCUCCUGGCGGUCUCGCUCGCCGCGACCCACACCGCGCAGGCCGCGAUCACGGUCUACCACGCCAACGACCAGCACGCCUUCACCACGUCCACGACGUCAUCGCCCGGUGCGUCUGCGGGCGCGCAGGCCACGUACGUCGGCCCCGCGGCGUACAACCCCUCCACACUCGUUCCGCCGCCCGUGCCUACGCCGACGGUGUUGACGACGUUGCCUAUUCAGCUGCAGAGCCAGGGCACGCCGAAUUUGGGCAUCCCGCAGAAAGGGUCGUUUUUCGGGUUUUCGAUCGAGAUGUCUGUGACGAACCAAGUCUUGGGCAAGAACUCGUCGCUCCUGCAAGUCCCAUUCCUGAACCUCAUGGCGAACAUCCAGCAGCGCGCGGGCUCGAUCAUGAUCCGAGUGGGCGGAAACACGCAGGAGUCGGCCACGCUCGUUCCCGUCGGGCAGAUACCCAACGGCCGGAUCCUGCAGAAGAACCUGACCGGCGUGACCGGUACGACGCAGACGCCCCCGCUCGACUUCACGCCGGACCUGCUGUACUUGAUGCGCAACAUCUCGACGCUUGUGAACGCGCACUGGUUCCUCGGUGUCCCGUGGUUCAUCACCCAGCCUUUCGACCUGGCUAUUGUCAAGGCGGCUGAUGAGAUCCUCGGGGAUUAUCUGCUGGGGUUACAGGCUGGAAACGAACCAGACAUGUACACGCUCCACGGACACAGACCGACGACCUACAGCCAAUUCGAUUACAUGGGCGAGUUCUCUGACUUUCUUACCCAACUGUCCGCUAGUGGGAACGACCCCACCGGCCGUGCUGCUGCGAAUCUCAUCGGCCCGAACAUUGCAACGUUUGCUUGGACGCUCGAGUCCGUCUGGGACGCAGGGUUUGUUGACAAGUUCGGUCAGAACCUGGCGUAUCUGGCAGCCGAAAAAUAUCCUGCGGACAAUUGCGGUGCGACGUUUGGCAGCGGCAAUGCGAUCAACCCACAGUCUGUGCUACCGGACUACCUGAACCAUGCCGGGCAUGUCAAUCUGCUGAACCAGUACCUGAACAGCACGAUGUAUGCUCAGUCAAAGAACAAGCCGUUCCUCAUGUUCGAGACCAAUACGGCUUCGUGUGGUGGAUUCUUGGGCAUCUCUGAUUCGUUUGCCGCUGCUCUGUGGGGUGUCGACUACGCGCUCUUGAUGGCGCACUCGAACUUCUCGGGAGCGAUGUUCCAUAUCGGUGGUGAGAACGUCUUCUACAAUCCAUUCACCGCGCCACCAACGAAUCAAUCGUCCUUCCGUCAAUGGACGAUUGGCCCGAUCUACUACUCCGCGCUCGUCGUCGCCGAGGCUUUGGGCGCUUCCAACCAAACGCAGGUCCUGAACCUCGGUGUCCCCGGACUGAGCGACUUCACUCCUCUGUAUGGCCUGUAUGAAAACGGGGUCCCCAAACGCGUGGCUAUCAUCAACUACAUCGACGACCCAUCCGGCGCGAACGACGUACAUGCUGUCAUCUCCAUCGCCGGCUGGACUGCGCCAAAUUCGGUCAAGGUCAAAUAUCUUGCAGCGGCGAGUGUCGUGCAGAAAGGGAACAUCACGUGGGCUGGACAGACGUUCGGGGGUGUGUUCGAAUCGGACGGCCGGCCGAUGGGGACGGAGGUGAUCCAGACUGUGAACUGCGACACCACGGCGCAGACCUGCACCGUUGUCGUGCCCGCGCCCGGCAUGGCGCUCGUGUUCCUGUCCGACGACGCGCAGACGGAGAGCGGUGGGAUGCCGAGCAUGACGUUCUCGACCUCGGCGCAUACGAAGUUCAAGAACACCGGUGCCUACGGUCGAUCCGGCUGUCCUCGCGACGUCGAACGGGAUGAGGAUGUCAGAGUAUGGCCUGGCGGGAACCAGCAAGCCCCCGAGUGCGGGACAGAAUGUGCGGGUGUCGGUCGUCACGCUCGCCCUCGGGGUUCUUGCUGCGACCUUGAUGGUGAUGGGGCGGUUGUAGUGUGGGUUGAGCGUCCAAGCCACUCUCACACUCUUUCUCCGCGGGACGCGAUCUCUUGCGCAACGCUGCCACCGCUGUCACCGCCCGCGCCCAAAGCAAACAAGCUUGGUCUUGUCCUGCUGCCACACUCGCCGUCUAUAACGUCGCCCAUGCGCGUCCCGUCGCGGUACCUCCGACUCGUUGGGCUCCUCGCCUGCGUCGCCGUGAUUGCCGGUGCAGGCCGGUACUUGACGCUCGCGUUUGAUCGAGUUCUUCCGCGUGCGUAUGUGCCCCCGCCGGAGACGCUCGAGCUGGGCCAUCCGACUUUUGCGGAUGUGAGGGAGUAUGAGCGGGGGCUGGAGCAGCAUCGGAGGUUUAGCAGUGCAUUUGGUCGCAGAUAUGUUUAUUUUCCUCGCGAGGCGUGGGGGACCGGAUGGAACAACGUCUUCCAAGAACAACUCCUCAACACGCACCUGGCGUUCCUGGCGGACCGGGGCUACGUGUUCGCAGACUACAUCGCGCGUGAUCACCCGCCGUUCCCGGACCUCCUGCCCAAUGGCACGCGCGCGCACCUGCACGUCCCGAUGAAUGCCUUUACGGCGGGGCCGACGGGCGGCGGUGCGUGGGGUGCCGGACACUCCGCUAAACGGACGCGGGGGGUCUCGAAGGAGUGGUGGGACGUGGUGUGUCCGCCGGAGCGGGUGCACACAGUGGAUCUCGGGGAGACGAAUACUGAGUUGGGGAUAGGUGGCGAGACGUCGGGGCUUGACAUCAUGACCAGAUGGGCUACGAAGUUGAGGAGAAUUGACGCCGAGUGCGUGGAAGUUUCAGGGGGGACCCCGUUCAACUACGAAUUCAUCAUCACGGACAGAAUGCUCUCCCUCUGGCCCUCGUACGGCUCAUCUCCGACACUGACGCAAUUCACGUGGUCGGCGCUCGUCACGCGGGCCAUCGCACGCAACUUCGCGGUCUUCUCACACAGCGCAGACACCCCGCCGCGCCCCCUCCAGCCGCACCUCUCGCGCUGGCUCCGCUUCCCGGGGACCGGAGAAGCGUCUUCGCCGUUCCCCCUCUCCGCGUUCCGCCCGCUCCCCGUCUCAGCCCCCGCGAUCCCGGGGCUCCUCGCGCUCCACAUCCGGCGCGGCGACUUCGGGGAACACUGCCCACGUCUGGCAGCCGAGUCGCUCGACUACAACACGUGGAACCUGCUUGGACGCCCGACGCCCGGCGGUGGGCCGGCCCCGCUGCUGCCGGAUUACAGGAACGGGAGCGACGACGUGAGGGAGGCGGUGAUGCGCCACUGCUGGCCGGCGCUCGAGAGCGUGCUCGCCAGGAUCGCGCACAUCCGCGCACUGCAUCCGGGCCUGGAGGAUGUGUUCGUCGCGACGAAUGCGGAGAGGGAGUGGCUUGACGCUCUCGAGGCUGAGCUGAGCAAGGCGGGGUGGAGGGGUGUCGCUACCUCGCUGGACCUGCGGCUGGCACCGGAUGAAGCAGCCGUGUCGCAUGCGGUGGAUAUGGGUAUAUUGGGCGCUGCGGAGGUGUUUAUCGGGCAGGGGUAUUCUAGUCUGACUUCGAAUGUGGUGCAGUUGCGGCUGGCGGGAGGCAGGGCACCAGCAACCAACAGAUUCUGGUGAUUAGAGAAAAGUAGUGUAUUAUUGAUAGUUUACCCUGGGGCCUAAAUUAUAAUGGAAUUUUAAUUAUCAGCUACUUACUCAAAAGUCUGGCAGUUAAAAUUACAUAGUGUAAUGACCCUUACGUCACAGACGCAUCACGUGGAGCAUCCGAUCCCGUGCGAGAAUUUUCUCAUUUCUCCCCCACCUUCGUAACCGACAGCAACGGAAUGGUGGCUCAAGUGCAGCGCCCCGCGCCCCCGUUCAGCGCGACGGCCGUCGUCGAUGGCGUCUUCGAGGAGGUGUCGCUGGAGGGGCUCCUAGCCAAGGGCAAGUGGGUCGUGCUGCUGUUCUACCCACUGGACUUCACAUUCGUCUGCCCCACCGAAAUCCUCGCGUUCAACGACGCGCUGCCCGCGUUCGACGUGAUCGGCGCCGCGGUCCUGGGCGUCUCGACCGACUCGCACUAUGCGCACCACGCGUGGGCGAGCCAGCCCCGCAGCCAGGGCGGGCUGGGCCCGGGCCUGAGGCUGCCGCUGCUGUCCGACCGGAGCACGAAGAUCUCGCGGGCGUAUGGGGUGCUCGUUGAGGAGGAGGGUGUGGCGCUGCGCGGGGUGUUUGUGGUCGACCCGCGGGGUGUGGUGCGGCAAAUCACGAUCAACGACCUUCCGGUCGGCCGCUCGGUCGAGGAGACGCUGCGCCUCGUCAAGGCGUUCCAGUUCACGGACAAGUACGGCGAGGUGUGCCCGGCCAACUGGCACGAGGGCGGGCUGACGAUCAAGCCCGAUGCGAAGCGGUCGCUGGAGUACUUCGCGGCGGUGGAGGAUAACGUGCCGGAGGGGGAGGUUGAGGGGCAGCAGCGGCCGGUGAAGCGGCAGAGAGUCGGUUGAAUUGUGCUGGGAAUCUAUUUCGCACGGUGCAAGUGCAGGCCGGGUUGCUGGCUCGAUCACGUCCUCCCCCCCAAUUGAAUUGAAUCGAUCUUCCUCCGCUCCUGCGUGAUUACCACGCUCCCGUUCCAGGGCUUCCCGACGUCCCAUUCCCG